AUGCAAUCUACUACUCUUCUUGCUCUUCUUGUCCUCGUCGCUGGAGCUUCUGCUCAAUGUUUUGGAGGUGGCUGUGGAGGACCAAUCUUCCUUCCACCACCACCAUGUUUCGGAGGAAACUGUGGAUGUUCUGGAAAUAAUUGUGGAUGUUCUGGAAACAACUGUGGACCACAGGUUACUGUAGUCCAGGUUCCAAAUAACAACAAUGGAUGCUCAUGCAACCCAUGCUCCGGACCAAUUUGUGCUCCAAUGUGCAACAGCUGCCCACCACCAGCACCAAUCAUUAUUCAACAGUCUCCAUGCUGCAACCAAAACAACUUCUCCUGCUGUCCAUUCCGUUUCCGUCGUCACAACACAGCUGUGGAGGCCACCGAAGAGACUACUACUGCUGCUCCAACUCAAGAGUGA